AUGAAGAUUACGACGUUUGAAAUUCAACAGGACUUUGGCGAAUGUAUCGAUGAUGUGUCAAGAGGCUACAGUGAUCACGAGGAGAUAUACAUUAACAUUAUCCCAAACGUCGAUACAACCAUCGAGAAGAGAGUCACGAUUGUAAAGCAUGGAGAAAGUGUUGAAUUUGAUGCUGGCGAGGGUAAUACGUUUAGGCGAGUCAGCAGCGACAUCUACGAAGCGAGGUUUGGUCGUGAUAAUGUGACUUGCCGGUUCAAACUACCUAGCAAGGAAUACAGCGGCAAAGUGCGCAGCUCCCUCGCAACCGAGAGCAGAAACCUGACGGCCCUCGCGGUAACACAGCACCCAGAAGCACAGUAUGCCAUCGGUGAUACUGAGGGCCGGCUUACACUCCAUAAUGCCGAGUUUUCGGACUGCAGGAGCCUUGACGGACACAGCGGGCAUAUAACAUCGCUGCAUUAUUUCCCAAGCGGAAAAGUGCUACUGAGCGCUUCCAUUGAUAUGCAGCUGAAAAUAUGGUCUGCAGCGGACGGUACAAAUCCCAGAACGCUCUUCGGCCACACUGCCCCCAUAACCGGGUGUGGCCUUAUAGAACGGGGGCGUAAUGUCCUAUCUUCGUCUAAGGAUGGGUCCGUCAGACUGUGGGAAUGCGGUAGUGGAAGCAUGUUGCGUGCAUUCCACCGACGCGACAGACAUUCCGAUGGUGUCAAUGCAUUGCAGGUGCUAAAUGUGCAGUCUCAUAGUCAUAACGGUCUAGGUAAUCCCCUAGAAUUCGGUACGGAAGACAAAGCCUUUAUAGCCGGCCAUGCCUCAGGUGUCCUAACGUACCACGAUGUUUUUACGAAACAGCAGCUGGCAGAGCUUCCUAGCGAAUUUCAGGCUGCAUGCACAACGCUGGCCACUACAAACUCCUAUUUUGACGAGGCCUCUCCGUUUUAUAUAUACGCGGGAUACGAGAAUGGUUAUGUCGCACAAUGGGAUCUAAGGAAUCCUAUUAAAUCUGUUGGCCACGUAAUCAUUGAUGAGGGAAAUCCAGUAAACACACUAAUCCAUCAUGACGGCAAGAUCUACUUGUCGUCCGGGUUUGAUUGCCAUUGCGAACUGGCGCUUGGUGAGGGGGAUUCUACGACAGCUACAUUUUUGGUCUCUAGGGAUUCCACAGUAUCUCAAUACCUAUCUGAUCCAAUGGCUGGCGCCGUUUGGGCUGUUGGUUCACGCUCUUUCUGCGCUAAGUACUCGUAG